AAAAUGUUAAAUACAAAAUAAUACUAAGGAUGUUAAGCCUAUCUUAUUAACAUUACUAGUCCAUGUUAAGACUUAGACGAUCAUCACAUGACCACGGUCAACGUUGUACAUUGACCAGUAGCGAAGAGAGAGAGAAAGCAGGAAAAAAGAUAGAUUGUGUUAAAGAUUUGCAGCUUUCUGUUACGUGGGUGUCGUGUCCUGUCCUUUAAUGAAAAACCAUGGCAAGCGAGAACCAUGUGCAGCUGUAUUUUUCUAGACCAUAAUGCCCUCAUUCUCCUUCCAUUAUUCCCUACUAUUUUCUUGCUUGUAGUGCAAGUGCCACUUCCCUAGAGCUAGCUCACAAGGAACUACUACCGCUCACUUCCCUUUUCUUUGUUUUCUGCAAAGUUGAAAAAGCUUCUAUUUCUGAUUUCUCUCCCCUCUUUCUUCUUCCUUCAAGUGGAAGCUCGCAGAGGGAGAGAGAGAGAAAGAACGCUGAAAUAGGAAAGGGAAAAUGGGUAUCGGCACCAGCAACUUUGUGAUCAGAUGGAUCAACUUACUCACCAUGCUUUUAGCUAUUGCCGUCAUAAUUUUUGGAGUAUGGAUGAGCACACACCACGACAGCUGCCGGAGGUCUCUCACUCUCCCUGUGCUAGGCCUUGGAGGUUUCAUAUUUGUAAUAUCAAUAAUUGGCUUCUUGGGCGCACUGAAGAACAACUCUAUACUUUUGUGGAUUUAUCUGAUUAUGCUGUGCAUCAUUUUGGUGGCUAUUCUGGUUUUCACAGUAUUGGCGUUUAUUGUGACAAAUAAUGGAUCUGGUCAUUAUGCCCCUGGUUUGAGGUAUAAGGAGUAUGAACUUCAGGAUUUUAGCUCAUGGUUUCUUAAACAGCUGAAUGAUACUCAAAAUUGGAAGCGAUUGAAGAGUUGUCUUGUGAAAUCUGAUGACUGCAAUAAUCUAUCCAAGAAAUACAAGACCCUUAAGCAGUAUAAGUCGGCAAAGCUGACCCCUAUCGAAGCUGGUUGCUGCAGGCCACCGUCUGAAUGUGGUUACCCUGCUGUCAGCGCUUCAUAUUACGAUUUGAGCUUCCAUCCAAUAAGCUCCAACAGGGACUGCAAACUUUACAAAAAUUCAGGAGCUACCAAAUGCUAUAAUUGUGAUUCCUGCAAGGCUGGAGUUGCACAGUACAUGAAAACUGAGUGGAGAGUGGUUGCAAUCUUUAAUGUGAUUUUAUUUGUCAUCUUGUCAAUGAUUUACUUUGUGGGAUGCUGUGCAAGACGAAAUGCUGCUACGAAUCACUCUAAAGCUUGAAAGAUGACCUUUGUUGAAAACGAUAGUCAUUUAUUUUUCCUGAGAUUAUAAUGAUUAGUCUAGUGGAGGUUCUUCCACCGUUGGAAGAAGGGAGAGAGAGGAGCAGUUGUAAAUUCUGUUGUGUAUUGGAUUGGAAGUUUUGGCCUGUGGCCCUCUCUGUCUGUAAGCAAUGCCUGUAAUCAUGUGAAAUUUACAAAUCUACUGGUAAAAAUGUCAAAAAGUUUUUUCAUCA